UUAGUUUGGUCAUUUUAUAUUAUUAAAUAAAUUAUUUACAAUAACAUCUUCAGCAAAUCAAGAUUUAACUCACUAGUAAACCCUCCUAUCUUAAGCUACGUAAAGCAAGUCUCUUCUCUUUCCUCUGAACUUUAGGGCAAAACCAAUAUGGCCUUGAACGUCUCUUCCACAGCUUUCCUUACCACAGCCGCCGCAGCCUCCCUCACCUCAGUCUCCACUACCAACACCAUCAAAUAUCUACUUGUCACCCUCUUAAUCUCUAUUGUUAGUACAGUUAUAAAACUUCAAAGGAGAGCUGCUCUUAAAGCCAGCAAAAAUCUCCCUGUACCUCCCUGGCCAGUCAUGGGAAACAUACCAGAAAUGAUCAGGUAUAGACCGACGUUCAGAUGGGUUUACCAAUUCAUGAAAGAAAUGAAAACCGAUAUUUGUCUUAUUCGUUUGGGGAGAACUAACGUUAUUCCUGUCAAUUGUCCGAUUACUCCCAACAACCUGCUCAAGAAAAACGACGCCAUUUUCUCUAACAGGCCAAUGAUUCUUUCUGCUAAAGCAAUGAGUGGUGGUUAUGAAACUACCAUUGUCGUCCCUAACAAUGACCAAUGAAAAAUGAGAAAAAUAUUAACUUCAGAAAUUAUUUCACCUGCUAGACAUAAGUGGCAGCACGACAAACGAACAGAAGAAGCUGAUAAUCUUGUAUUUUAUAUCCAUAACCAGUACAAGGCCAACAAUAGUGUCAAUCUGCGAGUUGUUGCAAGGCAUUAUUGCGGAAAUGCGAUAAGAAAAAUGGUGCUUGGUAAAAGAUACUUUGGUAAAGCAAUGCCUGAUGCCGGAGCAGGACGCGUGGAGAUAGAACAUGUGGACUCAGUUUUUGCUGUCUUGAAAUACAUAUACGCAUUUUGUAUUUCUGAUUUCAUGCCUUUCUUGCUAGGGCUUGAUCUUGUUGGGCAGGAAAAAUUUGUUCUUGAAGCUAAUAAGACUUUAAGAGGCUUUCAUAAUCCUCUUAUAGAUGAAAGGAUUGCACUGUGGAGGAGUGGUCAAAGGAAGGAAAUGCAAGAUUUGCUUGAUGUUUUUAUUACUCUUUAGGAUUCUGAUGGUUAUUAUAUUUAA